AAUAAGGUAAGUCAAGAGAUCACCGAUCUGGAAACUCAGCACUCUUUUACACACUGACUGAUAAUAUAGCCGUUGCCGGAGCCGAAAUUCUAGAAAAUUCUCACUUACCCCGUCAACGUUAACUACUCGCCGGAGUACGGUGAAGCAAACUGGCGUUCAGUCCGAAGCGAGCAAUGGCGGAGCUACGCCACUCAAGCUCGAUCGGAAACCGAGUUACAGCGUCACCUAGGAAGCGAGACGACGUCACCGCUUCCUCAUCUCCUUUGGUUCCUGACAGUGCUCCUAACGUUGAUGAUGACGAUGAUGAUUAUCGUGGUCGGUAUCCUCGAGAUCGGUUUCGUUCAUUCCUCUCUUCGCAUCUUCAACCUAUUUUCCCUUUCUUCUUCCCUGAUGAAUCGAGGUCUCACCCUCACAAGUUCAAGAUCUCGCUAUUUCUGCUUGUUGUUCUCAUACUUUCACUAGUUGUCCUGAUUUCGUCCGUCGUACAUCGUUUGAAUGCUCCAUAUUUGUGCAAAAAGGAUGGUAUAACUCUUCAGUGUCCACCGGUGAAAGAACCUUCUUCCUUGUGGGAGAAUCCUUAUUCAUCAACAACCUCGUGGAAGCCUUGUGCGGAGCGACGUGAGGGACUGAUGUCAGAUAUUCCGCCUGAGAACUCCACAAACGGUUAUAUAUUCAUACAUGCUGAGGGUGGCUUAAACCAGCAAAGGAUCGCUAUAUGCAAUGCUGUUGCAGUGGCCAAAAUUAUGAAUGCCACCCUUAUUUUGCCAGUAUUAAAGCAAGACCAGAUAUGGAAAGACCAAACGAAAUUGGAGGACAUAUUUGAUGUAGACCAUUUUAUUAACUACCUAAAGGAUGAUGUGCGAAUUGUUCGCGAUAUCCCAGAGUGGUUUACUGAUAAAGCUGAGCUCUUCUCAAGCAUAAGGCGUACAGUCAAGAACAUUCCCAAGUACGCUUCAGCAGAGUUCUACAUAGAUAAUGUUUUGCCACGGGUCAAGGAGAAGAAGAUAAUGUCACUAAAACCUUUUGUCGACCGACUUGGGUAUGAUAAUGUUCCUCCAGAGAUAAACAAGCUGAGGUGCAGGGUCAACUAUCAUGCUCUGAAGUUUCUUCCCGAGAUUGAGCAGAUGGCUGAUCAACUCGUUUCAAGGAUGAGAAACCGCACUGGUAGUUCAAAUCCUUUCAUGGCUCUUCACUUGAGAUUUGAGAAAGGAAUGGUGGGUCUAUCAUUCUGUGAUUUUGUUGGAACAAGGUCAGAGAAAGAUCUCAUGGCUGCAUACCGAAAGAAAGAAUGGCCUCGGCGGUUUAAGGAUGGUUCCCAUUUGUGGGCAUUGGCGCUGCAAAAGCGUAAGGAAGGACGAUGCCCUCUUGAGCCUGGUGAAGUAGCCGUGCUGCUUCGAGCCAUGGGUUAUCCUAAAGAAACUCAAAUAUAUGUUGCUUCUGGACAGGUCUAUGGUGGACAAAACCGCAUGGCACCGCUGAGGAACAUGUUCCCAAAUCUGGUUACAAAAGAGGAACUAGCUACAAAACCAGAAUUGGAUGGCUUCAGAAAGCAUGUGACAAGCUUGGCAGCCCUCGACUUCCUAGUCUGUUUGAAGUCUGAUGUAUUUGUGAUGACACACGGAGGGAACUUCGCCAAACUGAUAAUAGGACAUCGUAGGUACAUGGGUCAUCGUCUAAAAUCCAUUAAGCCGGACAAGGGUCUGAUGUCCAAAUCCCUAGGAGAUCCAUAUAUGGGGUGGGCUUCCUUUGUGGAAGACGUUGUCAUAACCCAUCAGACUAGAACUGGUUUACCUGAAGAAACGUUUCCAAAUUAUGAUCUUUGGGAGAAUCCUUUAACAAAUUGCAUGUGUAAAGCCUGAAUUGACAAAUCUUUAUUGUGAAGAUAAGCCCUUUAAGUUGGUGCAUCUUUCUAGAGUGCUGCACAGGGAAUCGCGAAACUAACAGAGCCAGAAUUACAAUGCAAUUUACACAUGGGGAUCCCAGAAUGGAUAGAAUGUUGUAGUCCCUGAAAAUUAUUAACAGAGGAGUUCAGCAAACUGGCUAUUAGGAGUGGGCUCUCUCUAUAGCUGCCGCCCUGUAUUGCCACAUCUGUGUUUAUGAUCUACUUACGUUGGGCGCGGACACCAAUACAGUUUUGUAUUCUGAUUUAUUCUCAAUUGUUUCAUGAUAUAAUGUAUAUUAUUUGCAGUAAUAGAAAAAGCUUCCUUCAUUUCAUUUGAACACA